AUGUUUGUUUUAAUAAUUGCAGUUAUUUCAAUUUGUUUAUUAUUUUUUAUCAUCAACCAUGGCAUCAAAAACAACAACAACCCACCAAACCCACCAAACCCACCACAACAACAACAAUCAAAACCAACAAUAACAACAAUACCAAGAUCACAGCAACCAGCUCCACAAACAAUACCAAGAUCACAACAACCAGCUCCACAAACAAUACCAAGAUCACAACAACCAAUACCACAACCAACUCCAACUCCAACUCCAAAGCCAGCACCACAAUACACACCGUACUCAAGUAAUUUUGCUCCAGCAUACCGUUACAAAUCAACCCCAACCCCAACUCCAACUCCAACUCCAACCCCACAACCAAAAUACCAACAACCAGUUCCACAACCAACACAAUACACACCAUAUGCAA